CAGCAGCAGCAGCAGCAGCAGCAGCAGCAGCACCCUCAACAACAACAGGUCCAAAACGUACAACGCGCUCCCGAUCAGAUACGCGAGUUUCUCAGCAAAAACCCUACCAUUCUCGGACAACUUCAACAGCGCCAUGCCAAUAAUCAAUCUGCACUGCUGAAUGAAUUGCAACAACUCGCUACUCAAAGCGCGAACGCACGAACCUCGAUGCAGAUGAACAACUUUCAACCUCAGCAGAUUCAACAAGCUCUGCAGACGCCGAGGAUGGAGCAAUUCGCUAAUUUGCAAACCAUGCAAGGUCUGCCGACGGGAUCUAUGGGUCAAAUUGAUCCAAAGCAGAUGGAAGCGCUCCAAGCGAUGAAAGCGGCUCAACAACGCGGUGGAUUCAACUCGACGCCUCAACAACAGACCCUCUCUUUUCCCCCAAACUCACAGGCAACGGCUCCUCAACAAAACUUCAACACCCCGCCUCAAAACGCUCAGACUGUUGCGGCGGCUGUUUCUGGUACACCGUCCUCCAGCCGUGCGGGCGAAGUGCAGGCCAUGAUUCAAGGAUGGGGCGACACUCAGCUCUUGAAAAGCACCCAGGCCGUCGUGUCGAAGGUCACGUCCCAGACCGCCGCCCCAUCUGACCCAACUAAAUUCCAUCUGCUUCAAAUCAUCGCAGAAUGGAAACGGCGGAACAAGUCACCGCCGACCGAAGCGAUUCAAGCCGCGGGCCAGGCCCUCGGGAACCCCGGCCUGGUGUCUCAACUUGCCAAUGUCGAUUGGGCGACCCUUGCCAACUUUGCGAGAGCUCGCGCCGAUUCCAUCUCGAUGCAACGUGAGGGUAUGCAAAAUGCGACACCUGGCACGACCAUGAACCCUAUCGACGUGACGACUCCCGCUCAACCUUCUUUCCAAACCCCUCAACAAUUCCAAACCCCGUUGCAGAACCCGACUCCUCAAUUUUCUCAAGCAUCUGCCUCUACUCCAGUGCCAGCUUCGCCUCAGCCCAAGACACGACCUUGGGCGGCCAUGGACUUUAGGAACGAGUUAAUUACCAUGGACGAAUCUCAAUUCUGGGGUUUCCUCAGCUCUAGAGAUGGAUUCGUCCCGCCCUCUAUCGAUGGACGUACCGUCAACUUGUUCCUGCUCUUCAAGCUCGUUCACCGAAACGGAGGGGCUGCUAAAAUCUACGGCAAUCUCUCUGCUUGGCAAUUCCUCGGAGGUUAUCUCGGUUUCCCUACAGAGACUGUCCCAGAUCAACCAUCUAGAGCUUCGGCUCAGAUCGCCAAUCAGUUGCGCAACUUUUAUUUGCAGCACAUUCAACCAUUAGAAGACAUGUUCUACAGCAAAUUGUAUCGCGACAGAUUAAAGAUAGCAGCGGAAGGAGGACAGACGACACCUCAGAUGUCGACCAUGACUCAGAAACCGCCGACGCCUUCUGCCAACAUGACGGAACAGCAAAAGAGGAUCCUGGAAGAAGUCAGGAAGAACGCCACACCGACAGGAACGUCUCCGACCAAUACCGUGACCAUGACACCUGGCAAGACGGUUUCACCGGAUCAAUUCGAGACCAUGUCGAACCCCGAUCAGAUUCGAUUGAUCAAGGCAAAUCCAGCUUAUGCUCUCAUGUGGACGAGGAGCAAGGAGCGUGCGAUGAGGAAAAAGUUCCCUAAAGAACUGCGGGAUCUCCCGGACGAGGAGAAACCACGAUUCGUUGCGGAGUUGCGCAAUCUGUUGCCGGUCGCCAAAGAGGCACAAGACAAGGCGCCGAGAUUAUUACUCAUCUCCCUCGAAUCUGGCAUGGAACAGCUCCAAGCCGUCACUGCACUCAUCUCAAUGUACAUGUUCAUCUUUAUUGCCCUUCAGCAUGCCGAGACGGGUCGAUUCCCGUUCAAUCUUGUCGACCUGGCCAAGCUCCGUGAACCUAUCAACCGCACGUUGACCAAGUUGAAUAAUCUACACAAGCAGAUGCUCUUGACGCCCGAAGGUCAGGCUACCUUGCAGAGAAUUCUCCCACCUUUGGAGAUACUGCUACAACAACAAAAUGUCGCUGGAUCCAUGGCUCCCCCAAGCACCGUUCCUGCCUCCGAAGAGAUCGCCGCCAAGUUGCCUAAAGGCCUUCGAAUGGAAGACCUCAAGCCCCCACCGAGCAAACGUCCACGAGGGAACAAUGGUCGAUCCAGUAUGGGUAACAACGCGGGCUCGCCGGCUUCGCCAGCCUUUGUAUCUACGCCUGAGACUGCACGGACACCUGGAUCACCCGCUGUGACUGGUUCAAACAAGCGAUCUGCAAGCACUAAACGGAAGCGUCAACCGUCUAGACCGAUCGACAUGCCUAUGCCGGGUGGAGCGGAUAACGCUCUAGGUAUCAAUCUGGAUGAACACGCGCCAUUCUUUGCUGCACACGACGCCAUCCGAUCUCAAGGGACGCCAGGGAGCUCUUCUGCUCCGAGCGACACGUCAGCCAUGUGGUCGAGCUUGAUGAGUGCUCUCGACGCGUAUCAGGCGAAUCCUGCGGCCCCGAAUGACGCGUUGCCUUCUGCACCUACCUUGUUGCAGGAUACGAAUCAACCCCCCACAUUCCAAUCCGCACCACUGGCUGCUCCCGCUGUAUCUGAAGAAGAGCUAUUUGAACAAUUUCUCGAUACGUCAAAGAUGGACGGUGAUUCAAGUUGGGCUUUACCUACACCCGAGCUCUUCCGAGUCACCUCGAUUGACGAAGCCGAAACGACUUCUCCAGAAAGUAUACGGACCGUCGCCAGGACGCCAGCGUCAGAAGAUGCUGUCCGACAUUCUCUUGGUCUGAUGGGCGGCGGCAUGGCGAGCAACAAGUCGUCUAUGGGUAUGAUUGAUCCUGCAAUCAUCCUUGGAGGAGCCAACAGUCCCGAGAGUCAAGCAUAUAAUGGAAUCGUCUAUGCCUCAUGGGACGAGAGUUUGACUACUGCCUCGUGAAGUAUGCGGGCGGAUGGCGAAGGGUGAAGGGCGAUGUAUCAUACGGGAGAAUGGGAAUUGAUAUGGAAGUGUUUUUCUCUCUGGGAUUUGACCUAAUAACUAUAUUGUACUAGUCUCACUACUAAACUUUCUUGGGUUGUGUUCUCUGUGAGGUUGUGACCAUGAUUUGUGUGACACGAUAAAGAAUGAGAAGGAAUAUCUAAUGCAUACGCGCAUG